CUAUUGCAAAUGUCAAACCUGGGGCUGCGAUAUGCUGUGCAGCGCUAAUCACGGUAGAACCAUUACUGAUAUCACUAAUGUGGGCUGUAAUCGACCGAUGACGAAGGAAGAAUGUAACAGGCAACGGCAGAAAUUAAUCAAUACUCGCGUAAGUGAAAACGAACGGAAAACUCCAAUACACAUCGAUUGAAAAUCAGAAUCGACACCCGGGCAAGUUUUUCGUGCAACACUAAACGUUAAAUAGUGAACGUGAUGUGAAAAGUUAAGAAUUUGUGACGAAACAGAUAGUGUGGAAUAAUAUUGCCAGUUCGAUUACCUGGCAGAUUCCUGAACCCGUGUUAUUCUGUACAACGUAUUAUAUUUGUGUAAGGAAAGUUUACUCAUAAGAAUACAUAACUAACAAUUGUGUACGGGUUAUAAUCACUAUCGGAUAUUGUUGGAUUUCAUUAAACUCAAUAAACGUUCCAUAAGAAAAACGCUCAACAUGCCUAUAGUGAACAUUCUAAAACGAGCCUCCAGUUACAUCUUGGGCAGUGACGAGGAUGGCGAAGAAAGCAACGAAUUGGUGUACGAAGAUAACGAAGUUUUGUUCUGCAAGAACAACAUUUGCGUCCACCCUCCGGCCAUUGUUCGCCAGGAGUCCGAUAUUCUACACUAUCCUGGCUAUCUGACCGUAACUACGAAAACCUUCAUCGACCAGUAUAACAAUGCCAAAAGACCAACACUGUUCCUGACAUGGAUACCCAACUCGACUCUACGAAAAUGUCCUUCGACGGUAGAAAAUGUAACGUUCUUUCGAACCAGCAACUUGAGCGAGAGCAGAUUGAGAGCUCAUCAGCAGGAAGAGCACAAGCUGCAGCAUGACCCGACACAGAAAGAUGCCACUAAUCAGACGCAGGCCUCGAAAACUGAUAUUGGCAAUCCGAAAGUAGAGAAAAAUGGAGAAAAUCCCUUCACAGCCGCUCUGCGGAUUGCUAAUACGAACCCAUUUCUGGAACCAUACAAUGAGACUAUUGCUCAAAAUUCUACCGACGUAAAGUCCAUGAACUGUUCCGACUACUCCGAAACGAUCAGUAUAAGUUCUAGUUCAGAUAAGGCAAGCCUGUGUAACAGUAACGAAUACAGCCGCGAGGAUGUUCACGAUGACGAAGAAGAUGAAGGAAUUAUGACAUCGGAUACUCACAUGUCCACCAGUGUAGUGGAAGAAACGGCCGAGGAGCAGGAAUUGAAAACCGAGCUUCAACCAUUACUUGAGUCUGAGGAAUCUAAAACGAACAGCGGUAUCAAGACGUUAUCAACACAGACCUCGCUAACGUCGGUAAAUAUCACGAUCGCGAGUCCGCAUAUUCAAAACUUGGACAUCUCGCCACCGGAAGCGGCAUUGUCACAGAAUGAACGCUUUAUGCGAUCGCUAUCGAUUUCGUCCAACGACGAGAACAAUCCGAACUGGAUGUCACCAGAAUUGCUCGCAUACAAGCACAAUCUGGCCUUUCCGGAGAGUGCUUCUGCUUCGCCGAUCGUAAACCGAAAGAUUCCACUGAAAUGCCGAAGAUUCUCGGUGGAUUUAAGCCAAAUGCGAGCCCUCCGAUUAUUUUUCAACGAUGAAAACUGUACGUCCGGUCAGCUGGUGAUUGCUUCACGAGAAUCUCAGUACAAGAUUCUUCAUUUUCAUCACGGUGGGCUGGAUCACCUUGCACAAGUGCUGCACCAGUGGCAUUGUCUAUUGCACAACAUCAAAUUAGCACCAGGACAAGACGAGCCGAAUUUACCCUAUCGACAGUUCAUGGUGUGUCGUCCGGAGGUUCGAAAAGCUGAACUACAUCCGGAAGAAGGCAAAGUGAACAGGAUAACCACUGACUACUUCUAUGGAACGCUGCUGAACGAAAAGGGACAAAUCGAAGAUGAUCUACAACUUCGCAAGUGUGUGUUUUUCGGAGGAUUGGAGAAAAGCCUACGCAAAACAGUGUGGCCUUUCUUGCUUCAUUGUUAUAGCACUAAUUCUACCUUCGAAGAUCGUGCUGCUUUAGCGGAAAUCCGACGCCAGGAAUACGAGGAAAUCACCAGACGACGGCUGUAUUCAAUGUCACCAGAAGCACAGGCGCAGUUCUGGCGCACGGUUCAAUGCGUCAUAGAGAAGGACGUUGUUCGUACGGAUCGCGGUAAUCCGUUCUUUGCUGGAGAGGACAAUCCGAACAUUGAUACCAUGAAAAACAUACUGCUUAAUUAUGCUUUCUACAAUCCGGGCAUGUCAUACACACAGGGAAUGAGUGAUCUACUGGCUCCGGUGUUGUGUGAAAUCAAAAGCGAGUCUGAAACAUUCUGGUGCUUCGUUGGACUAAUGCAGCGAGCGAUUUUUGUCUGCACACCUACUGACAACGAUAUCGAUCGUAAUUUGUGUUAUCUGCGGGAAUUGAUACGACUGAUGGUUCCUAGCUUCUACAAACAUCUUCAGAAGCAUACCGAUGCGAUGGAAAUGCUAUUCUGCCAUCGCUGGAUUCUACUCUGCUUCAAACGAGAAUUUACGGAGGCCGUGGGGAUACGCAUGUGGGAGGCAUGCUGGUCAAACUAUUUGACUGAUUAUUUCCACCUGUUUCUUUGCCUAGCUAUUAUUGCCGUUUAUGCCGAUGACGUUAUUGCUCAAGAUCUUCGCACCGAUGAAAUGCUUCUGCACUUUAGUUCGCUUGCGAUGUAUAUGGAUGGACAGCUUAUUCUGCGUAAAGCACGUGGUCUGCUGCAUCAGUUUCGUCUUUUUCCGAAAAUACCCUGCACUCUUUCCGGGCUAUGCAAGCGAUGCGGUCCCGGUAUGUGGGACUCGGGCCAUCAUCCUUCGAUCGAGUGUAUUGGUCACCUAGACCAUGAAACUUGUGCACUUGCAGUAGAUUAGGAACAGUCCUGCUUGCUUCUAUAACACCAUUCCAGAAUAAUGAUAAUCUGAACAGUUAUUGCCCUAAAGCAAAUAUGAGAUUUAACGUUUAUAAAUAACUUACUUAAAUAUAACUUACAUUGUAGUUAGGAAAAUCUGUUGCAAAAUCUUCCUCUUAUUUUCAUUCACUAGGCUUGUUGGUUAGUUGCAAAAGCAAAAGAUUUUAAUUAUUUUACAGAUGCUCGAAUAAGAUUUUAAGGUUACGAAUAUUAAGUUUCUAUAAAACUUAUUCACCCAGUUGUGACAAGAGAAAAUUAACCAUUAAUUCUGAUAAAGCAGUUUAACACUAAAAUACAAUCAAUAAAAUACAGGCACACAUUAAACGAACAAUAAUAAAACAAUGUAACGCACUUUUAACUCGAAAUAGUUCUUUUCAGUUCCGUUGCUUUUCAAUUGAAAAAAAUAUUAAUCUAAACAGAACCUAGCUUAACUCAAGCCUCGAACACGCAAUAUCUUGCAAUCCCCUCUACUAGAAAAAAAAUGCUCUUGAAUGAAAAAAUUAAAGGUAAAAAAUUAGUAAAUAAAAGCCAUACUUACACCGUAAAUAGCUCAUCAAUGAUGGGCUCUGAUAAUUGAUUGUUGAUGUUAUGAACUGCUUAUAUAAAUUUUAUAACAACAGCUCUAAGCGCGGUCCUGGUAAUAACAAUCUUUCAGACUAUGUUUCUUAUAGAGAACGGUUAAAGGAAUGUUUUACAUUCUUCUUUGAUUUGAGGUACAGAAGUAAAAAAGUUUUCUACAUGACUGAAACCUGCUCUUUAAAACAGACAAAUGUAAUUUCAAUAAAAAUUAAUUUCCAACGCUGCAUUUAUAUCCGGAAUAACUUCUGCAUGUUUGGAAUAUUCUUGUUUCUAAAAAUUCUUUUUCAACAACAAGUUAUAUUAUUUAUUUGACAACAAAAAUGCUACCAACGUAAUUACAAAAAGAGGAACUAAUUUUUAAGACAACAGUUAUGAAAACCAGUGUAGUAGUAAUCAAAUGUAAAGUACUAGUAACCGUUGUAUAUCUAACUCAGUAUGGAAUUUGAAAAAAUGUGAUUAAAUGGUAUAUUUUGUUUUGAGGUGAAAACAUACAUAAAAGAUAGGAAACCAAAGCUAUAGCACUGAAUAUAUUGUAUAAAACCUGCUUCGAAUAAAAGUCCGCCACAGACGAAAAA